AUGUAUACCAUUGAUCUAAUUAGCAACAACACCUAUAAAAAGGACUUUAUUCUUGAUCCGUCAUGGCCGCUUGAAUGUACAGCCGCUUCUCCUUCUUCAACUACUCACUUUCUAAUAAUACCAAAACAUAACAAUAAUCUUUUCAAGCUCUACUCUUCUUGUAGAAAAUUAUUAGUGUUUUCCAAAUCAGAGAGUGCCGAAAGUACUGGAGUAACAGAGCAAGAUCUUCCUUCUUCGUUUUCUGGGUCAAUAUCUUCUACUCGGACACAGCUAGAUCUCUUGGAUCAACUCACAUCCACAACCCCUUCAACAGCUGACACCACUGGUUAUGAAAGUGAUGGGCGUUCCCGUAGACUUACAAUAAGGGAGCUUGUGAAAUUAGUAGGAGAAAGAGAUGAUGAUGAAAAUUUCAGCAUUCCAUUAGGUAAAAAUCUGAAGAAGGUUAGUCCAAAGUUCUUAACCAUUUCACAGAAAAGAAACAUUAGAAGACAAGCUUAUUUGAAUGAAGUUUCUCAAAGGAAUGAUUCAGUUUUCUUUGCAACUAUUGGAGCUUUCGUAAUUCUUCCACCUAUUGUCAUUUUAGGAAUUGCUAUCUUAACUGGUUAUGUGCAGCUUUUUCCAUGAUAUUUAUGUAUAUAUAUACUUAAUCAUGACCGUUGUAGAGAAAUUCUAUACUACUCCAACUUGAUGUUCUCAGUUUUUGCUUAGCUAAUAUACUUAAUAUCAUAGUUAGAAUA